AGCAAAAGCAACUCUUGUUUCUGAGCAAGCCAACAUGCAAUGCUCUGAGAAUGACUUUGCACAGCACAGUGACGCUUGUCGAAAAGCUGCUGAAAUGUGGCUUUUGCUAUGUUUUAGUUGGAAACUUUGGACAAGACCACCUCGAGAGGUUUUUUGGCAUAGCAAGGCAUGUUGCUGGAGCAGGGGGACAGCCAACGGUUCAGCAAUUUUUGUUCAUUUACCGGUUGCUCUCGGUGAACAACUUGAUCCGUCCACCACAGCGAGCCUCAGUUGAAGGGGAUGGUCCAAGUCUCCUUUUAAAAAUGCAGUAUCUCUUUCAACAUAAAGAACCUAUUGUUAAUCAGAUUGAUACCUUGCCGGUUCUUUUUGAUGAUAUACUGCUGGAGCCUGCUGAAUACAUGCAAGAUAUGAUUCAUCCGGAGUCAACGAGGGACUGCGUUUUGGAUUACCUUGGCGGCUAUGUUGCAAAGAAGUUUGCUGAAAUAAGCUGCAAGGACUGCCUCCAAACACUUAGACGCAACUCCCGAGAGCCAACUGCAUUGACUGCAAUUAAGACGAGAGGAUUUGUGCAAGUGCCAUCGGAGCAACUAUUGCGCCUCUUGCAAAUUGUGGAGGAACAUGUUGAAAUGCGCACCAUAGACAAUAUAGCCUGUGCCAAUAUCUACAUGAACAUUGUUGAAAACAUCUUGCGGGACGACCGCACUUCCUCGGCCAGUGUUGGCUGUGGAACACAUUUUGUGAGCACCACGGCAGAAGUUGUGCACUUUUUUAUAACAGCCCACAACAACCAACCACAGCAGGCUGAAAAUCAGCAGCUCACUUACUUCACUCACACAGAGUACAACCAAGCCUGA